AUGCCUCUUGCAUCCCCACUCGCAUGGCGCCCUCAUGCCAUUUUAACCACGAAGACUCUAAUAUCGCUUGCAUCCAAGACUACUACCGGACGGCAGUCGGACAUGAACUUUACAGAUCUCGACAAAGCAGCCAACUCGGAAACAUCCAUCGGCGCGGUCCGGAGCAGAAGCACAUUCAACUUCGUCCUCGACUUCAGCGACGAUGCAGCGCGCGCCUCGUUUGAUCUGCAUCCUCUAUCUGUUGCUGGGCUGCUAGACACGGAGCGACCUGACAUACUCAACACAAGAUGGAUCAACGUCUUUCGUCCAGCUCAGCAGGCACCCUUGCUGGAACUCAUCGCGAAACACUAUGAUUUCUCACCAAGACUGCUGGCUUUGAUGAGUUCGAAGCCUCAGCCGAACGAUCAUUCAGCUGACGUUGCAGUCAGCACGGGAAGAUCUCACCACAGCCUCUGGCGGCGGCGUGGGCAUUCUCCGCCAUCGAAGCAUGAUGUCGAGAAGGGACCAGACGAGCUGUCGGAGUUAUCUUCGAUUUCGAGCUACGAUUCUGCCGCGUUCUGUAAUCUCUACAAGGUGGCCAACGAGCUCUGGCAUUACUCCUCUAUCGACUUUGGCCGGAGCUAUGUCUGCAUAGGUUACAACUCGCUGUACGGGACGAAAUGCAUUGGUGAAAAGCCUGGCGAUGGCUUACUUCCUCACUGCACUAGGGUGUGGACGUGGCUCAUCCUUUGCGAAGACAACACGAUCGUAUCGAUCAGCGAAGACCCCUUCCCGUACUCUGGCGAUCGGCUGAGCCCGCUACAGCAGCGAAUCUUGACAGAAAGUCGCCGCAACAUCGUAAACAUCUUCCGUGCCAUCUGCACAGAUGAUGCAGCACCAGCAGGCCCGCACAUGCCAAUGGCUCAACUCCCCAUCCGGUCCCGACUUGGUAACACUCCAGCAGAGAGUGCCCACCGCCCUACCGACGUACCUGGCCUGCUCUUUUACUACCUCUUCGAGAACUGGCAGAACAGCUACACCCUCAUCACCCGUCGCGAGAGCCGCUACGGCAUCGAGCUCAAAGCCUUACGAGAUGAGAUGUUCGAAGCGCCGAAGCUCUGCCAUAUUGAUCGGCUUGACGCCAUCGGUACGGAGUUAGGUGUGCUCAAACGGCACUACUCAGCCUACAACCGCAUCAUCGACCGGCUUCUCGAACCGCAGACAUCGACCACCGCAUCAAUGCAAAGCUCGAGGUCGAACACCGAAGCCAGCCAGUCAUCCCUCGAUACCGUCCGCCCUCUCGUGACGGAAAAGGAGAGCAUGCUUGGUGUUUCCUUCAGCUCCGCAGCACGCGUCCGCUUUAAACGCCUGCGCGACCUGAUCGACCUGUACGCCUUGAGCGAAGUUGAGGAGUACAUCAAACAGAAAGACUCCCUCGUCGCGAUGAACUUCAACCUCAUCGCCAUCAAAGAGUCCCUGGACGUCGAGCGAUUGACGAGGCUCACGCUGCUGCUGACGAAGAUCACGAUGAUCUUCUUGCCGGUCAGUUUGAUGAUCGGUUACUUCUCCGUUCAGCUGUCCGGCGUAGAGUACGGGUUGAAGGAGUUUUGGGUCAGCUUCGCCGUUGUGCUGUUCUUGAGCGGCGGUGCGCUGUUUCUCUUCGGGCUGGUCAGUGGGACGGUGCAGACGUUUGAGGCUUUUCGAGCGGUCGGGCGUGGGAUGAAGCGUAGUGGUCGAUGGAUCAAGAGCCGCUUGUAG